CAGGGGUCAGGGUUCGGGUCGGGGGGCGGAGGGAAGAGCGGACGGGCGGGAGACGCCGGCGCCAGACGCGGAGGAAAGGAGCAGCGACUAGCCGCCCAGAGGCCGCCGAGCCAGCGACGCCUGAGCCAGUCGAGCCGCCGUCGCCGCGCCCUCAUGGCGGCCGCCAAGGACAGUCAUGAGGACCAUGAUACCUCCACAGAGAAUGCAGAUGAGGCCAACCAUGACCCCCAGUUCGAGCCAAUAGUUUCUCUUCCUGAGCAAGAAAUUAAAACACUGGAGGAAGAUGAAGAGGAGCUUUUUAAGAUGCGAGCAAAGCUGUUCCGGUUUGCGUCAGAGAAUGACCUCCCAGAGUGGAAGGAGCGAGGCACCGGAGAUGUCAAACUCCUGAAGCAUAAGGAGAAAGGAACUAUCCGCCUUCUCAUGAGGAGGGACAAGACCUUGAAGAUAUGUGCCAACCACUAUAUCACACCAAUGAUGGAACUGAAGCCAAAUGCUGGCAGUGACCGCGCCUGGGUCUGGAAUACCCAUGCCGACUUUGCUGAUGAGUGCCCCAAGCCUGAGCUGCUCGCCAUCCGCUUCCUAAAUGCUGAGAAUGCACAAAAGUUCAAAACAAAGUUUGAAGAAUGCAGGAAAGAGAUUGAAGAGAGAGAAAAGAAAGGACCAGGCAAAAAUGAUAAUGCUGAAAAGGUGGCUGAGAAGCUGGAAGCCCUUUCUGUGAGGGAGGCCAGAGAUGAGGCUGAAGAGAAGUCUGAGGAGAAGCAAUGAAUCAUUCUCUGUCCAUUUCCUUUCUUUUUCUUUUUAAAAAUUUGCCCCACCUUUUAAGGCUUGUUUUUUUUUUUUUUUUUUUUGUUGUUUUGUUUUGUUUUGUUUUCUGUUUUGUUUUUACAAGGGAUUUUAUAAAGAACUGAAUUCCAACCUUCAGGUUGUUUUUUUAAAUUUUUUUUCUUCCCCAGUUUUGACACCUUUCAACAUGACUUCAGAAAUUCAUUCCCCAGUCAUGAAAAUGUACUGUGCUAACUUUCUUUUCCAUAGUGGAAACACUUAUUUAUAGUCAUCAAAAAUAGUGAAUAAAAAAUGCCUUUGAAAACCUGGA